GCUGCUUAGAUUAGAGACGACACAUAUACACAACCUUUUUAGAGACUGGGGGAGAGGAGAGUGUGAGAGUGCAAAGGAGUAAGGAUGAGAGAGAGAAAGGGGAGAAACAAGCCUGAUGAACUGAGGUUGUCAAAAAGGGGGCAGAAGAGGAGGGGUAAGACAGGGGAGUCAAAGAGAGAAGGAGAGAGAGACAGAGGUAAAACUGUAGUACAGAUAAAAAUGAUGGACACAUGAUACAAAAUAAUUUAAGAAGACAGAGAAGGCAAUUUAUGAAAAUGUGGUGAUAACAGGUUUAUGUGGUUCCUCAGUACUGGUGGAGAGAGAAGGAGGAGGGAGAGGGGAUAAACACAGUGAUAGUCAGUGAGAGGGGGAGGAGCGGAGAACUGAUUCCUCUCCCUCUCUCUAAUCCCUUCCACACACGCCUGGUCUUGCUGCCUGUGAGCUUAAAGAGAGACAGAGGUAGGUGGAGGGGGCAAAUGGAAAAAGAGAGAGAAGUCAAAUGGCAUGGACAAAAAAAAGGAAACAGAGAAAAGGAGUUAUUUAACUAGAGAGCACUGAAGACACUCCUACAGAGUGAGGGAGUGGGAAAGACAACAAGAAAACGGCAACAUCUUGGUACUGAAGAAAAAAGAAGAUGGUUCGGUAUGAGGAAUUAUUACAUUUUUUUCCAGUCUGAACAAAUACAUUAAUUAGUAGAGGAGCCACACAAAAGAAACUGAGUUGAAGAAAAAGGACAUGAAGUUGAUGCAGGAGAAGUAAAUAUCACUGGUUGUUCAGCAUGAGUGUGAAGAUCCUACGACCUGUCAGCGGCGCUGAGAGAUGCUACCAAACAACUGGUGUUUGAGAAGGGAGCACUGCUGUGUGUGCAACAAAUGACCGUAGAAGCUCACCUAAGGAGAGCGCCUCCUCAUGUUUGUAAGAACCAGGUGUUUCGGAGGUGUGCAAGACCAGGUGCAUCAGAGGGAGACAGGUAUAAGAAUGGACAGAGUCACUCCUGAGAGACGGUCCAUGGACGAAGGAGCGUUUGACCUGGAGAAACACAAGUUUACACAACACAGUCAUGCCUCAUUCCAAACCUUCAGGUGCAGUUAGGAUAGUGUCUUGGAGAAACUAACAAAAGGAAAGAAAGAAUGCUCACACUUUUUGAGGUUCUGUUUUAACUGCCCUUCCACACUGACCUCAGCGGUCUGAAACCACUCCCUACCUCAGCUCAACAAGUGGACUGGACGACCUACAGAACGUGACACUGAGGACCAUCGGUACCAGGAACAUUUUUCCAAAUUUUCUGUGCAUAUUGGAUGUUCCCUACCGCAAGCAUGGGAGAAUGGACCAUCCUAGAGCGCCUCCUGGAGGCUGCUGUGCAGCAACACUCGACAAUGAUUGGCAGGAUCUUGCUGACAGUGGUGGUAAUUUUCCGGAUCCUGAUUGUGGCCAUCGUUGGGGAGACGGUGUACGAGGAUGAACAGACCAUGUUCAUCUGCAACACCCUGCAGCCGGGCUGCAACCAGGCCUGUUAUGACAAGGCCUUCCCCAUUUCACACAUCAGAUACUGGGUCUUCCAGAUCAUACUAGUCUGUACGCCUAGCCUUUGCUUCAUCACAUACUCAGUGCAUCAGUCUGCCAAGCAAAGAGAUCGACGCUUUUCAUUUCUUUAUCCCUUACUAGAGAGGGACUUUGGGGGGAGGGACAGCGCACGAAGGCUUCGCAACAUCAAUGGAAUUUUUGUUCAGCAUGGAAGUGAUGGUGUAGGAGGCAAGGAAGAACCUGACUGCCUGGAGAUAAAAGACAUUCCCAACGCCUCGAGAGGGCUGAGCCAGGGGAAAAGCUCAAAGAUCCGCAGACAAGAGGGAAUCUCACGAUUUUACAUCAUUCAGGUCGUGUUCAGAAACGCACUGGAGAUCGGCUUCUUAGUGGGCCAGUACUUCCUUUAUGGCUUUAGCGUGCCUGGAAUUUUUGAGUGUGAUCGCUACCCAUGUCUCAAGGAGGUUGAAUGCUACGUGUCCCGACCCACAGAGAAAACCGUUUUCCUGGUCUUUAUGUUUGCUGUGAGUGGCGUCUGUGUGCUGCUCAACCUGGCCGAGCUGAACCAUUUAGGCUGGCGCAAAAUCAAAGCUGCUAUUAGAGGUGUCCAGGCCCGCAGGAAGUCCAUCUGUGAGAUAAGGAAAAAGGACAUGUCCCACUUGUCUCAGCUGCCCAACCUGGGUCGCACACAAUCCAGUGAGUCAGCAUACGUGUGACCACAAAGGGGCGAUAAGGAUGUGGACAGAUAGAAAAUUAAUCCAAAUGUAUUUAAAUGUGCAUGUCAAAAAAGGAGAGACAAAAAGUCUUAAAACAUAAAUGGAAAUGAAAUGUCUUCUAGUGACGAACGUGGUUUGGUUCAGUUUUCUUUUUUUUUAAUAGGAAGAAUUAAAUCCUUAAGAGAUGAGAGAAAUCAGGACUAGAGAUGAAAAGUGGGAAGGAAAACAGUCUUCAAAAUACAGUGAGGAUGUCACCUUCUAAUACCAUCAGAGGAUUCAAUUCGACUGAAGCCAGAAGCCGUUUCUGAUUAACGUCAGCCUCACCUCUGCUAGAACACUGCCG